AGACAGGACGGCAGCCGGGGCUGAGGGGAGCUCGGCAGGCCGGGACCUGCCCCGCCGGGCUGUUCCCGCAGCCGUGAAGCAACAGGAGGGCAGGCAGGCCACCAUGGGCGAGUGCACGGACCUGGAAUGGGCCGUGCAGGUGCUGGUGAACAACUUUGACAAAUACUCGAGCCGCUGCUGCUGCUGCAAGAACCCGCGGCGCAUCAGCAAGAAGGAUUUUCGCAAGAUGCUCAGCCGAGAGCUCAACCACAUGCUGACGGACACCGGGAACCGCCGCGCCGCCGACAAACUCAUCUGCGACCUGGACGAGAACAAGGACGGGCGCAUCAGCUUCGAGGAGUACUGGACCUUGAUAGGCGGCAUCGCCAGCCCCAUCGCGCAGAUCAUCCGCCAGCAGGAGCAGAGCGUCAAGCACACCAAAUAAACACCGCAGCAUCGCCCCCAGACCCGCCCCGCUCCUCCGAGCCCCCCCCGAGCCCCCCCAAGCAGCAGGAUGGGGGGUGGGAUGUGGGGUGGCCCCCUCGGGGGGUUCCCCG